UCGCGAAGAUACAGCUAGAGGAGGGUAACUUUUACCAGCAAUACUUACUCCAUCCGAGGGGGGACAACGCCACACGCCACAAGCCACACGGGACCGAGUCGCCGAGCCGAAACCUUACGAAACUCUCCGAGACCCUGAAAGUACAAUCGCAACGACCUUCACAUCAACUCUCUCUUUGCAGGCAGGACAGCAACACAAUCGCUCUAUUCACUUGACCGAAUCGGCCUUGUCUCUCUCUUUGCUUCCAACCUCUCCUUUACGCAGACCUCCCCCCGCGGAUCCUGCGACAAUGAAGGCGAUGCGGAAUAUAAACAUGAACCGCAUGCUGGGCUCGUUGAAGCGCAAACCAGCUCGAGGCACGGCAAAUGUAACAGCAGAGUCGAGUGACGAUACCCCGGAAGCAAACGCUGCGCGCAGUGUGCGUUCAUUCUGCGAGUCUGGAGGACCAAGUGGAUCGGGCGAAGAAGUUCUUUACCUUCCCACAAUUGUCGAAUCCGCAGAAUCAUCCCCCUCGGCGGCCAAAGAAUGCGCCCACGUUAUCUGCACGUAUCUAGGCAAGGACAACUUUACUAGACCAUACGUGCAAUAUAAUGGCAUUAUGUUGAUCCGGAUUCUUGCCGACAAUCCUGGUAGGACGUUCACGAGAAAUAUAGAUUCGAAAUUUGUUCAGACCGUGAAGGAGAUGUUGAAGCUUGGGAGAGACCCCAGCGUCAAGCAACUACUAGUGGAGACAUUGGAUACAUUCCAACGGGAGAAGGCCGACGACGAGGGAUUAGCGAUGCUGAUCGAGAUGUGGAAGAAGGAGCGUGAGAGAAUGGGGCCGGCAGGACCGUCAACAAUGAGCGCCUUUCCUUUUGAUCCCAACACCCAAAACUAUUUCUCCCGCAAUCAUCACUCCAGACGCCUUCCAAACCCUCAUGAACUUUCCUCACGAAUCGAAGAAGCGCGAAACUCUGCGAAGCUCCUGUCGCAGGUUGUACAAUCCACACCUCCCUCCGAACUUCUACAGAACGACCUGGUCCGCGAAUUUGUGGAUCGCUGUCAAAGCGCAUCUCGCUCCAUACAAGCAUACAUAAUAGCAGAGGAUCCAGCACCGGAUAAUAAUACAAUGGAAACAUUGAUCGAGACAAACGAGCAGCUGAGCAAGGCAAUGAAUCAACACCAGCGUGCUAUUUUAAAUGCCAGAAAAGUAAUGGGAUUAGGUAGCGGGGAGGCUGGCGUAUCGCCACCGGCAGAAACGGAAUCUGGAUUCGCAGCGCCACCUGGGCCACCUUCAAGCUCGUCAAACCCUUCUUCGCUGCCACGAAAACCGAUCCCGAUCCCGCCUCCUGGCGAAUUCAUGCAGAGCGUAUCUGACGACGAACGAGAUUCGAAUCCUUUUACUGAUUCUGGUAGCGCACACAAUCCAUCCUUCUCUGAGGACAGGCGCCCUGUUCCGACGGGGCAGUUUGAUGAUGGCUACGGCGUUGAGCCAUAUCAUCCUGGCUUCCAAGAGACUCAUGACCAGAGGCAGGGACUCAGUGCUGGGGAAGUAACGAACCCUGCUGGUGCUUCAGCGGAUAGAGAGGAUGGCCAUGUGGUUGCUAGCCCACAGCGAAGUGGCAGCAAUAGGGGUGGGAGACAGGCGCCGAUUUAUAGAUAUUAGGGACUCAUGCAGGUUCAUGUAGCGGCUGAAUCAGGAAUAAUUUGUGGUGUCGGAUACCUGGGCGUAUUACGUAGCGUUAAGAGCGGAAUUUGAUACCAGACCAAUUACAUGGUCGAUUUUUCUAAUCUUUCUAGC